CGCAAGUCCUGCUGGACUGUCAGAAGGCGUGGAACACGACGAUUGAUGGCUGGGUGGUUGGUGGGGAAUGCAGCAAGGCAACGAACGUCACGUGCGACGCCAAGGGCAUGAUAACAGCCAUAUCCCUGCAGUACAGCAAUAUCAAUGGUUCAAUCCCUGACUCCAUUGGCAACCUCGCAAAUAUUCGUACUUUAGCCCUGCAGUACAGCGCGCUGAGUGGUACCAUUCCGGACUCCAUCAGCAAGCUUGCAAAUCUUCGUACCCUAAGCUUCUCGUACAACAGCUUGAGCGGCACAAUCCCGGAGUCCAUUGGCAAGCUUGCGAAUCUCCGUAGCCUGAACCUACAGUACAACAAGAUCUCUGGCUCACUUCCUGAAUCCAUUGGAGAGCUCACACGGCUUGAUUAUUUCUGGCUUCUCAGUAACAACCUAAGCGGCUCGAUACCAGUGUUUUUGAGCAGGCUUCGAUCUGUGACCUACUUUAACUUGGGCUACAACAGCUUCACAGGCACAAUUCCUGACUUCUUCACCACGCUUACUAAUCUCGCUGGCUUAUUUCUCCAUUCCAACAAGUUGAUCGGGCCAAUACUACCAGGACUGAGCAACCUUCACUUGUGUAGAGACUU